AGCAGAUGAUUCUGCAAAGACAGACGAGUCAGUAAAAUGGCCAGAACCAAGCAGACCGCCCGUAAAUCUACCGGAGGCAAAGCUCCCAGGAAGCAGCUGGCCACCAAGGCUGCCCGUAAGAGCGCCCCGGCCACCGGAGGAGUGAAGAAGCCUCACCGUUACCGUCCCGGUACCGUGGCUCUCCGUGAGAUCCGUCGCUACCAGAAAUCCACCGAGCUGCUGAUCCGCAAGCUGCCCUUCCAGCGGCUGGUGAGAGAAAUUGCUCAGGACUUCAAGACCGACCUGCGCUUCCAGAGCUCUGCUGUCAUGGCUCUGCAGGAGGCCAGCGAGGCUUACCUGGUGGGGCUCUUCGAGGACACCAACCUGUGCGCCAUCCACGCCAUGAGUGGAAGAGGCAAAGGAGGCAAAGGGCUCGGAAAAGGAGGCGCCAAGCGUCAUCGCAAAGUUCUCCGUGAUAACAUCCAGGGAAUCACCAAACCAGCCAUCCGCCGUCUGGCUCGCCGUGGCGGUGUCAAGCGGAUCUCCGGUCUGAUCUACGAGGAGACUCGCGGUGUGCUGAAGGUUUUCCUGGAGAACGUGAUCCGUGAUGCCGUCACCUACACCGAGCACGCCAAGAGGAAGACCGUCACCGCCAUGGAUGUGGUGUACGCUCUGAAGAGACAGGGACGCACCCUGUACGGCUUCGGCGGUUAACUUUACAGCUUGAUCAGAGAGAAACAAACGGCCCUUUUUAGGGCCAC